AUGUUGCGAUCACUUGCUCUCGCAAGCAUCCUUGCUGGACAAAGGUUACAUACUACAGCCCAACGCGAUGAGGUAGACAACAGCAACCUGGACCCUCUACGAUUGAACGAAGACGGCACCUUUCAAAUAUGCGUCUUUUCAGACCUUCACUUUGCCGAAGGACCAGAGAAAGACGCCAGGUCUGCAAAAGUCAUGGCUGAUGUCAUCGAUGCUGAAUCACCAGACCUGGUUGUUCUAAACGGAGACCUGAUCAACGGAGAAUCGACGUAUUCCCAUAACAGCACGCACUACAUAGAUCAGAUCGUCGCUCCAAUGGUUGACCGAAACUUGACGUGGGCUUCUACAUACGGCAACCACGAUCACAAUCGCAACAUCAACGGCACAGGAAUGUUGGAGCGUGAACACACCUGGCCUGGAUCAAGAACAGAAUCCAUGGUUCCUGGAACCAAUGCCGGAACAACCAACUAUUACCUUCCCGUGUAUGCAUCAGACUGCAGCUCGAACUGCACACCUGAACUUAUCCUCUGGUUCUUUGACAGUCGCGGUGGAUUUUACUACCAAAGUAGUGCUCAGCCCAACUGGGUCGACAAGAGUGUUGUGGAAUGGUUCAACAAUACCAAUGCGGAUUUGGUUGAGGAAUAUGGCAAGGAGAUUCCAUCAUUGGCAUUCACGCACAUUCCCGUCUAUGCCUCGCUACAACUCCAGAAGGAAUCUGGUGUCGACGAGAACAACCACCCUGGAAUUAAUGACGAAACCGUCAUCCAACAAGGCGCUGGAUGGUGCGCUGAAGACAAAGGAGGCUGCGACUACGGCAACCAGGACAUGCUGCUGAUGCAAGCUUUGGUCUCGACACCCGGCGUCAUCGGUCUCUUUUCGGGACAUGACCAUGCCAAUUCUUGGUGCUACAAAUGGGAUUCCAAAGUUGGUGAUAUGGAAAUUGAAGGAAACGGUAUCAACCUCUGUUAUGGCCAGCACACCGGCUACGGCGGUUACGGUGACUGGAUUCGAGGUGGACGACAAAUCGUUGUCACGCAAGAGGGUCUCAAGAAGAACGAAGUUGAUUCGCAUAUUCGCCUUGAGUCAAAAGAGGUUGUGGGCAAAAUCUCGCUCAACUCGACGUACAACACGGAUUCAUAUGAGGCGACACCGAACCAGAAGACGUUUCUAAGUGGCGCGAGCUCUUCCAACCCUUCUCCUUCAGAUCGUCCUGUAUCACUGGCUGCGCAUUUGGGAUUGAAUACUGCUUUCAAGUCGCCACUGUUUGUUUUUGCUGGAGUUCUUACAUGGAUUAUGAUUUAG